GCUGAUUUUGCAAACGAUCCGGUCGUUACUUUCUGCAGAAUUCGUGCUUAAAAUAGGUUUCAAAAUAGAAAUAUAUGCUCGUUAUGAUUUGCAACACUUGUCACUGGCUGCAUUUGUAGUUUACAUCUAGUUUUUGGUGGUCAGAGAUGGAGAAAUUUCAGGGUUACGUCUUCACGGCGCUAUGCAGCACCAACUUUCUGGUCUCCUGCUUGCUGUUCUCCAAAAUCACCCGCGAGCAGAGGGAGCCCUACAUGGACGAGGUCUUCCACAUUCCACAAGCUCAAAAGUACUGCCGAGGAAAAUUCAGUGAGUGGGACCCCAUGAUCACCACACUCCCGGGCCUCUACCUGGUGUCCGUGGGGGUCAUCAAGCCUGUGGUGUGGCUGGCCGACCUGACGGGGGACGUGGUGUGCUCCACCGCCAUGCUGCGCUUCAUCAACCUGCUCUUCAACUGUGGAAACCUUUACCUGCUGUACCUGCUUGUCUGCAGGCUGCACCUGAAGGAGAAGGCACGAGGAACUCUCCGCAAGGUCCUGACGGCCCUCUCCCUCUCCACCUUCCCUGUGCUGUACUUCUUCAACUUCCUGUACUACACAGACGCUGGCUCUACUUUCUUCAUUCUUUUCACCUACCUCAUGACGCUGUACAGCUGCCACAAGGCCGCUGCACUGCUCGGCCUCUGUGCCGUCCUCUUCCGUCAGACCAACAUCAUAUGGGUGGGCUUCUGUGCAGCGACCCUGCUGGCCGAGCGCAUGGACGAUGCGUGGAAGGCACAACAUGCCAAGAAGACGGAUGAGAGGUCGUCACCCUGUCAGGUGCCGCUGUCGUUCGGCGGAGCGAGGAGAGUGACGGCGUUCUUGUUUGGGUUCGUGACCUCUGGCAGUCACGUGAAGGCGGUGCUGGUGUCGACGUGGCCGUACCUUUUGGUUGCCCUUGGAUUUCUGACAUUUGUUUGGGUGAAUGGUGGGAUUGUGGUGGGCGACAGGUCCAACCACGAGGUCUGUCUCAACUUCCCACAGCUCUUCUACUUCUUCUCCUUCACCCUCUUCUUCUCACUUCCCGUCUCACUGUGUUACUAUCGUAUCCGCCGAUUCCUGCGCGCAUUGAAGAAGCAGCCCUUCUUCUUCCUGCUGCUUUGCAUCGUCUUCCUCUUGUUGGUGUGGAAGUUUACCUACGUGCACAAAUACCUGCUGGCCGACAACCGUCACUUCCCCUUCUACGUGUGGAAGAGAGUUUUCCAGAAGCACCAGCUCGUACGGCUCUUCCUCGUCCCGUCAUACGUGUUUGCCUGCUGGAACUUUCUGGACUCUUUCAAGUCUCGCUCACUCUUCCUGACCCUGGCGUUCCUGGCAUGUCUUGUGGCCGCCACCGUCCCACAGAAGCUCCUGGAGUUCCGCUACUUCAUCGUUCCAUAUUUGAUGUACCGACUCCACAUGCCGCUGCCGACGCUCUCCAGACUCGUACUGGAGUUUCUGCUCUACAGUGUGAUCAACGGUGCCACCGUCUAUGUCUUCAUCAACAAGACCUUCCACUGGCCCGACGACCCCAGCGUGCAGAGGUUCAUGUGGUGAACUCCCGCCUGAAAAACUUGAUCACGAUGUCAUCGCUUUGAUAAGAGAAUUAUGCUUUUGGAAUUUUGGUGACUCUUUUGGAAACUUUUGUAUUGAAAAUGUAAAUAUUGUGAAUAUGUUUCAUCUUCUCUGCAAAAACAACAUCGAUGACGAUGAAAGAGACCAAAUGAGCUGAAUGUUUUGAUUCUGAAUCUUUCCUGUGCUUUCGACGGCAUCGUAUCUGUCAUGAUCAAGACUGUCUUUGUUUGUUGCUCAACUUUUUGAAAUAAUUUCAGAGAAGCUGGAAAAAAAAAUCAGGAGUUUAAAGAGCAAACGUAUAUAAUUUCAGAAUCGGCUUUGAGGCAGAACUUAGCGGUGAAUGAAUCAACAGCAAUCAGGAAACAUAAAUAUAAAUAUUAAUUUGACCAUCAUCUGGAUAAUAAUGAUCUUAAUAUGUUGCUACUCCGUCUGCACAUAAAGGUUAUGGAUGUUACGGCCAUUUUAAUUUCCUCCGAUUACAAAUUUAUUGGAAUAAUAUUUUUCACAAGUCAACCUGAACCUCAGCGCCGACACAAACUGUAGCAUGACUUUUUCAUCUUCAAUGUUUAGGUGUGUGUCUCCAAGGUGUUCAGCACUAGUUAGUUGAAAGAGGACCAAAAAUGCAUUUUUAACACAAAGAAAAUGAUGCUACUUUAUUUAGCAUCGGUGUCUGUUAGCAUUGACUUUUUUUAACAUAUAGGUUUUAUACAUAUUCUCCAAACGUGGAUGUCUGAAUCCACACAGACGCACUCAGCCCCACCUUUUUCCAGCUCAAUUCAGGUACGAAACAUCAGCGAUGACAUCAGAUGACAUCAUCGACAAGCUUGACAGCUUCACAACAAAUAACCCGCUCACUGACCAUAUCAGUUUCAAUGUGAACAACACCACACCUUUAGAGAAAUCACA